CACCUUGGCCACAGUCGCAUUGCGCUUCGUAACGGCGCGCACCGCCAGCUCUGUUCCCUGCAGCCCGAUUGCAGCGGCGCCUGCGUCGAGCCCACGAUUCUUCCAACCCAUUGAUAGUCAGCGGACGUGUCGAAGUGCGUCACUGCUGCGAACAUAUCGCCGAGUAUAGAGCGCGCGGAAACGGCCGCCUCACUAAACAAAAGAUCCCAUUUGCGCAGUCGUCCAAGCAUCCGUUCUCAUGGCCGCCACCACUCGGGCGAUCACGCCCACUCUGAACGGGUCGUUCUCUGCGCCAAAUAGGCCUACAACACCGGGCUCUGCCUCGCGCAACAGCAAUGGAGGCGCGACGUUCGGCACACAUCUUGUCAAAUCUCCGCGGGGACUGUCGCCAAGGCUGUCUCCAGCAACCCUCAUAGGCGCAACCGCGCUGGCCGACGAACGUCGCUACAGAGAGCACAACUCGCGCCAGACGAGUCCGAAUCCCGCUGUGUCCGCUCUCCAGAGCCUACAGGGCAACGGUCAAAGUCGUCCUUCAGACGCGCCGCAGUCACAAGCACCGCAGGGAGAGAAGGCUACGAAGCCGCCUAUCAUCAUUCCGGAACUUACUGGAGUUACGGGCGACAACAUGCAGACGAGCCCUGUCAGCCUCUCAAGCUUCGGUGAAGGGGAGGGCACAGCUGCGCCGGCCGCAUCUGCCGUUGAAGCAUCCGCAGGGCCUACGGGACAUGCGGGACAACAUGAGGGUGCACACCAGCGACACCAGCACCAGCCUCACCAUCAUCAGCACCAGUUGAUUGCACCCAAUCCUGACAACCCAGGGAACCGCGCCUUUACCUUUCCAGGACCGAUGCCGCCAGACGAUCCACGUGCUCCUGCUCGCCAGAUGAGUCUCCCAGGUUAUGGUCAGAACAACCCAAAGUCGCCGUCCACGAAACGUCACAAAUGUCCUUACUGCUCUACGGACUUUACGCGUCACCACAACCUUAAAAGUCACUUGUUGACGCACAGUCAAGAGAAACCUUACGAGUGCCCUACCUGCCAAGCACGUUUUCGCCGACUGCACGACUUGAAACGGCACACGAAACUUCACACUGGUGAACGUCCGCACACCUGCUUCAAGUGUGGCCGCAGGUUUGCUCGUGGCGAUGCACUCGCGCGUCACAACAAGGGGCAGGGUGGCUGUGCUGGUCGCCGGUCAAGCUUCGGCAUCGAUGAGGAUAUGGGUGACGGCAAGGGCGAUGAUGGUAUGGAUGGCGUCGUCUACACUAACGAGCCUGACGGAGAUGGCGAUGAAGAUGACGAUGGCCGCCGUAUCAGUGAACCCGCUCGUAAGAGGCAGAAUACCGGAAACUCUGCGCAAGCUCCAUCAAGUAUCUCAUCUCUCCACAAUGCGAACCAGCCUAGCGCAUUCGCUCAAGGAGGCAUGACCGAGAGCCCGAAGCCCAUCUCGCCGAGCCAACAAGAUCACUACCGGUUGGGUGCACAUGAAGGCAGUCACCCAAGAUCGCCAAACAUGUCGCAGCAGAUGCAUUUGCAGAACUACGCCCGUGGCGCUAACACGGCACGGGGUACACCACCCACUCUGCAACCUCCAAACAUCAGCAACGGACCUCACCUCCCAUCGUUGGCCGGGCUGGCCGGUUUGGCUAAGCCGGGUUCGCAGAGCAGCAAGGGGCCUAGCAUGCUCCAGCACCAGCAAAUGCCCGCACCGGGCCCCAUGUCUCAGCCCGGAAGCAUGUCCAGCCAUGGUGGCAGUGGGAGCAGCAUUCGUGAGGUUAUGGGCAACACCAUGGACGUGUGGACCUACGUUCGCGAAAUUGAGGCGCGGAUGGCGCGGAUGGAGAAGGAGCACAACGAAAAGAUAGCGACACUACAGACUGAGAUUACAACGCUGCGUGCCCAGCUGGCUCAGCAGCAUGUCAAUAGCACUCAGACGGGCAGCGGUCACUAGGAAGACUGGCAGCGGUCACUAGGAAGACUGGCAGCGGUCACUAGGAAGACGGGCAGCGGUCACUAGGAAGACGGGCAGCGGUCACUAGGAAGACUGGCAGCGGUCACU